AUGACGUUCCGAAAGACCGAAUACAAGAUUACAGUUCUCGGGUCAGGUGGCGUGGGCAAAACAGCUCUUACUGUGCAGAUGACUUCGUCGCACUUCGUGGAGUACUAUGACCCCACGAUCGAGUCGAGCUACCAGCGCCAAGUGGUGGUCGAUGACCACGCCUGUAUCCUCGAUAUCCUGGACACGGCCGGUCAAGACGACUACAGUGCUCUGCGCAGUCAGUGGAUUCGUAGCGGCGAGGGCUACAUCAUCAUGUACAGUAUUACCGACAAGAGCACAUUCGCUGAGGUGUCCAACCUUCGCUCCCAGAUCCUGAUGGUGAGGGAUGUGCCCGAAGCGGAUGCGCCGCCCAUGGUGCUGGUGGGCAACAAGGCCGAUCUGGAGGAGAAGAGGGAGGUGCCGCAGAAGGAGGGCAAGCAGCUGGCCGAUCAGUGGAACUGCGCCUUCUUCGAGGCGUCGGCCAAGACGAAGACCAACGUGGAGGAGUCCUUCUUCUGCCUCGUGAGGAGGAUUCGAGAAGCCGAGGGCUUCGAGAAGUUCUCCAAGGACGGCAAGGGCGGCCUCAGCGGGGGCAAGAAGAAGUUGUGCGUCCUCUUCUAA